CAGUGUACAUGAAUGUGAAUCUAUCUUCGUACACAUCUAGUGUUGUGGAUCAACAUUUUACUGCUGCUUUAAGAAACUGUCACGUUAAAACUCGGCAGUGAAUUAAUACCAUGUGAAAUUAAUGAUACUUAUUUAUUUUCUUCUGUAAGCUAAAGCCCUGAUUUCACGGUAUAGUUUUGUUUGGUGUUUAGAUGACUUUAACAAUGACGUCAGACUCCUCUCCGAGUGAACAAGUUAUUUUAGCCACUGGUGGGUAUGAUCACACCAUUAAACUUUGGCAAGCUCAUACUGGAAUUUGCCAACGAACAGCCCAGCACACGGAAUCUCAAGUAAAUGCAUUGGAUAUAACACCUGACAAACAACACAUAGCAGCUGCAGGAUAUCAACACAUACGAAUGUAUGAUUUAGCAUCUAAUAAUCCUAGUCCUGUUGUGAACUAUGAUGGCCUCUCAAAGAAUGUCACAAGUGUUGGAUUUCAAGAAGAAGGAAAAUGGAUGUAUACCGGUGGGGAAGACCUCAGUGCUCGCAUAUGGGAUUUGAGGUCCCGUGCACUUCAAUGUCAAAGAAUUUUUCAGGUAUCUGCACCAGUUAACUGUGUCUGCUUGCAUCCCAAUCAGUCAGAACUUGUUGUUGGUGAUCAAAGUGGAGUUAUACACUUGUGGGACUUGAAGACCGACCAUAAUGAACAGCUGAUACCAGAGGCUGAUGCUUCAAUUCAAAGUAUCGCAAUGGAUCCACAGGGAAAGCUUAUGGCUGCUGUUAAUAACAAAGGGCGAUGUUAUAUAUGGAGCCUUUCUGGUGGUGAAUCCCAAGAACCCACCAAGCCCAAACCAUCUCACAAAAUAGAGGCACAUCCUAAAUUUGCUUUAAAAUGUGCAUUUAGUCCAGAUUCAUCUCUUUUGGUUACUACUUCAGCAGAUCAAUCUGCACGAAUUUGGGAAACAAAAGAUUUUACUCUACAAACUGAAUUGAAACAAGAGGGUCAGAGAUGGGUUUGGGAUGCUGCCUUCAGUGCAGAUUCCCAGUACAUAGUUACAGCAUCUUCGGACGGCGUUGCUCGCUUAUGGAAUAUAGAAAAAGGCACAGUGGAAAGAGAGUACAGUGGCCACAGUAAGGCCAUUACAUCUCUAGCAUUUAGAGACCAAAUUGUAAAUCCUUAAUUGUCAAUAAAUUAAUUACAAUUUU